AUGACCGGACCUGACCCAGACCCAGCAGGUUCUUCGCUCCACUCCAAGCGCCAGCACGAACGUGAGCAACUCCGCCGGGUAACGCAUAAUGAUCUGGACACCAGGGCCACCCCCAAGGAUCUGUGGAAGAGGUUGGUGGCCGCUGAGGACUUUGUUAACGUGUUUACCCGGUUGGAACUAGAAGGCUAUGAACCGGGGGUGUUUGAACUGUUUUCUCAAGCUUGGAAUGCGAGACGUGUGCUGCGCUCUCUUCUCCUGCCAUCUGCCACGCCCCCCGGUCAUCCCAAGCACCCCUCAUUGGUGAAUGGAAUGGUCUCGCCGCCCACUCCGGCUCUCCUGGUCUCGCCGCCCGCUCUGGCUCUCAAGGUCUCGCCACCUGCAGACCCUUCACCGGACUCGCCACCUGCAGACCCUUCACCGGACUCGCCGCCUACAGACUCCAACUCUGACCCCGCAGCUGCAGAACCUGGCUCUGACCCCGCAGCUGCAGAACCCGGCUCUGACCCUGCCCCAAGCCUCCGGUGGGCCCGGCUCCAUCACCUACUGCUGCAGAUCCCGGCUCUGACCCCGCAGCUGCAGAACUCUCCUUCAACUCUUCGGCUGCAGAACCCGCCUUCGACUCUUCGGCUGCAGAACCCGCCUUCAACUCUUCGGCUGCAGAACUCGACUCUUCGCCUGCAGAACUCGACUCUUCGGCUGCAGAGCCCGCCUUCGACUCUUCUGCUGCAGAACCCUCGUCUGACCUCACGGCUGCAGAACCCUCGUCCGACCUCACGGCUGCAGAACCCUCGUCCGACCUCACGGUUGCAGAACCCUCGUCCGACCUCACGGCUGCUGAACCCUCGUCCGACCUCCCGGCUGCCGAACCCCGUCCUGACCCAGCAGUUGCCGAACCUCGUCCUGACCCAGCAGCUGCCGAACCCCGUCCUGACCCAGCAGCUGCCGAACCCCGUCCUGACCCAGCAGCUGCCAACAUCCCGUCUGCUCCAGCAGCAGCCAGCACUACCAUCUCUGGCCCCAUUCCAUCCUCCCCCGAACCCUGGUCCCGCUCUGGACGGUCCCCGGGCCAUCCGCCCGAACUCUGGUCCUGCUCUGGACGGUGACCGGAUAAAUAACGGGGCUCCGAUAGAGUUCAAGUCCAAACAGUGGUUAGGUGCCUCGGUGCGAUCUAAUGGAAAACACAUCCUGGCCUGCGCUCCGCUGUACCAGUGGGCAACCUUCGGCAUGUCUGAACGUGAGCCGGUGGGAACAUGUUACCUGAAGAAAGACAAUACAGUGGUGGAGUACUCACCCUGCAGAUCGAAUGCCAACUCUCCAGAAGGACAGGGCUUCUGCCAGGCUGGCUUCAGUGCAGACUUUCUAAAGGAAAACAAUCGAGUGGUGGUGGGAGGGCCCGGCAGCUUCUACUGGCAGGGCCAGCUGAUUUCUGACGACGUGGAUGAGAUUUUCGCUCGCUCCAGUUCAGAUUACAUUACCUUAUUCCAAAACACGCUCUCCACCAAAUCAGCCGCUGCGCAGUAUGACGACAGUUACCUGGGAUACUCUGUGACAGUUGGAGACUUCAACAAUGAUGGAAAGGAAGAUUACGUGACUGGAGUGCCCCGAGGUGAAAAGGCUUUAGGUUAUGUGAACAUCUUCAACGGCCUCAACAUGGCAUCCAUGGUCAACUUCACCGGCUUUCAGAUGGCUGCCUACUUUGGACAUUCAGUUGCUGCCUCGGAUGUUAAUAAUGAUGGUUUGAUGGAUCUGUUGGUCGGAGCUCCUCUCUUCAUGGAUCGAGGCACAGAUGGGAAACUGAGGGAGGUGGGACAGGUUCUCCAGGGCAAAUGGGCCUCCAGCUACAUGCCCGCUAGCUUUGGUUACUCCAUGACUGGAAAUACUGACAUAGACCAGAAUGGAUAUCCAGAUUUAAUAGUUGGAGUUUUUGGAGCAGACAAAGCCGUUUUAUUCAGAGCUCGUCCCGUCAUCGGUGUGAAUGCUACGUUAGACAUCACCCCCCAGAUCAUCAACCCGGAGGAAAAGACCUGCAAGAUUCCUGGUACCAGCACGCUCGUGUCAUGUUUUAAGGUGAAGUACUGUCUGGCUGCCUUUGGCAUCGGGGCUCCACAGACCCUAAAUUUUCGUGUUGAUAUCACAUUGGAUCGUCUGAAGCAGAAGGAGGCAACCAAACGUGCCCUGUUCCUGCACAGCCAGACCUUUCAGUACACUAAGAACACAACGGUGAACAAUGACAGGACACUGGCCUGUGAAGAGCAGGAAGUCUUCCUGAGGGAUGAUCGUGAGUUUCGAGAUAAGAUCACUCCCAUCUCCGUGGCAAUGGAGUACAGUCUGGACUACCAGCUGGCUGCAGACAAGACGGGACUGCAACCCAUCCUCGAUGUUUCGGCACCGUCUAACGUCACCAAGCAGGCUCACAUCCUGUUAGACUGUGGAGACGACAACAUCUGUAAGCCCAGCCUCAAGUUAUCUGUCAAGAGCGAUCGUGAAAAGCUCUACAUCGGUGAUGACAAUGCUCUCACCCUGGAGGUGAGUGCUGAGAAUCAGGGUGAAGGAGCCUACGAGGCCGAACUCCACGUCUUUCCUCCACAGCAAGCCGACUUCACCGGCGUCGUUCGCAGUCAGACCCUCUCCAGGCUCUCGUGCGCUUACAAAAAGGAGAACCAGACGAAGAUGGUGGUGUGUGACCUGGGAAACCCCAUGAAGGGAGGAACUAAGAUCCUGGCUGAGUUGAGGUUCAGCGUGCACCAGCUGUCAGAGGAGGACACUUCAGUCAGAUUCGACCUGCAGAUAGUUAGCUCGAACCAGUUUGAUAACACCAGUCCUCGAGUGUCCAGUGUCACUGACCUGGACGUCCUUGCUAAAGUCUCCAUCAGAGGAUCAUCGUCUCCCAGUCAGGUGCUGCUGCCCAUUGCUAACUGGAAGCCCAAAGAUCCUCCGGUGACUGGAGACGACAUCGGGCCGCAGAUAGUGCAUGUCUAUGAGCUCCUGAACAACGGGCCCAGUACAUUCAGUAAAGCAUCUCUGAAGGUUACGUGGCCGUACCACUUCAAGAACGGCUCUCUGCUCUACAUCACCAGCUUCGACACUGAAGGGCCCAUCAACUGCACCACGGACAUAGAGAUCAACCCGUUCAACGUCUCUAACCCAGUAACGUCACAGAACACCAGCAUGGUUCCAACCAGAGAACGAGAAACUGAAGGACGAAGUCAGAACCACGUUCGCAAGAGAGACUUGGAGUCCAGAGAUGCACAAAGCGACCUGCAGACACUGGACUGCGCCACAGCUCAGUGUCUGGAGCUAAAAUGUCAAGUUGGUCGUCUGGAGAGGACGAAGAACGCCAUCCUCUUCAUCUACUCCAGACUGGAUGUCAACAACUUCCUCCGGACUGAGAAUCAGAACCGUUCGUAUGUGGUUCGAUCUCCAGCUUCGUUCGAAGUCAUCGAGAUGCCGUACAAGAAACAGCCUUUGGACAUGCCGACGAACACAACCACCGUGAGUAUGACGGUGAUGUGGGUGGCUGACACCCCUCAGCCGGUACCGGGCUGGGUGGUGGCUCUGGCUGUCCUGGCAGGCCUGCUGCUGCUGGCGCUGCUCAUCUUCAUCAUGUACAAGCUGGGCUUCUUUAAGAGAGUGCGCCCCCCGCAGCAGGACAGCACGGAGAAGGAGCAGCUGCAGCCGGAGGAGAACGGCAACACAGACGCUUAGAGGUCAAGACGGAACAAACCCAGAGGAAAUAUGAGGCUCCAACAACCUCAGAGAGAACCACUGAUGGACUGAGUGAUGGGGGGGUAAUAAUGGUGCUGGUUUAACUUUAAAUCACGUAGUUUCUCUAUUGAUCAUGUUUGUGCCAAAAGAAAAGGUGAAAAAAAUCUUGCUUAUUGAUGAAAUCAACUCUGAAAUGAUUAUUUUAAAUUUUCAAGGACAGUUUGUGUUUUAGUCUGGCACACUGACGGUAAUUACUGUUCAUGUGCUAGAUUGUUAGCUGAGCAGUUAGCAGCUGGUUAGC